UAAUGGUUUUAUACAACAUUUGACUUCAAUUGCAUUUUACGCAGAUUUGUAAUCAAUGCAUUUUCACAGGUGAAUAUUUUUGGGAGCUCAGUCAUGGGAAGCUUCCAAUGACUCCUAAGAAGAAUUACCCAAAACUAAUUUCUACUAAGUGGAAAGAGCUCCCCCCUUCAAUUGAUGCUGCUAUUAGAAUGCAAAACCCAACUGCGGACCAAGAUGGGAAGAUUUUCUUCUUUAAGGUAAAACAUUUAUAUAUAAUUUCUUGCACUGUCAAUUUGCCAUAAAGCUGCCAAGCUGCAGAUUUUUGCAAUAGUGAAAAAUAAAUAUCCAGAACAUAUCCUUCUGCAUCAAUAACGAUGUUGUUAUGAGUAAAAAGUGGUCACUGGUGGAUCUGGGUUAAGUGCACCAGGGCAGCAGGACUGGCAGCAGGGGCUAGCUGACGGCUUAUUUCCACUCCCAUCCCAAAACACCUGCUUCCAAGUUACUAAAAAAAAAAAAAGAAUUGCCAGAGCCACCACUUGAUAAAAACUAUAUUCCCAGCAGCCACUAAAAAGCAUAAAAAUUUCCAAGACGUUAUAACAUAUGUGCAGUCAACUUGAUAAUUGCUUGAUGGGUGAGACAAAUAGUUGUUGUAGCUUCCCCCAGAGACCUUCCCAGUUGGUCUCUUAAUAGCAGAAAUAACGAAAGAAACAACUGGGAAUACAUCUACAAAUAAGUUAUGGUACUCACAAGAUAUAAGGGUGUAAAGAGACAAUAUAUGCAUAAUAAAGCACCAUAAUAACUUAAUCUAAACAUAGGAAAGCAUUGAAAAUUGUUUCAAUGCUUUCCUAUGGGGAUUUCAGCGAUGCUAUACCACAGAAAAUCUGUGCUAUAAACCUGGAAGUGCCCUCUAGUGGUUGUCUAGUAGACAGCCACUAGAGGAGGAGUUAUCCCUGCAAUGUAAAUAUUGCAGUUCAUGAAAACUGCAUUAUUUACAGUUGCAGGGUUAAGGGUAGUGGUAGUUGUCACCCAGACCACUCCAAUGGGCAGAAGUGGUCUGUGUGCUGGAGUGUCCUCUUAAAGCUUCCAGAAGUCAUAUUUAAAAACCUUACACUAUAAAAUUGUCAGUAUUUUUUUUUUUUUUUCUCACACAAUGCUUUUAGUACUUAACCAUCAAGCUGAUAUGAAGCUAUCAUUUAUCAUUUGGUACUGUUAUAAGCUUCCACUAGAAAUCUCCAAGGUUACAGCAGUUCUCAGCAGAACACUAAAUUCCAUAUCCACAAGUUUGUCACAUUCUCAUAUCAAUGAAUUUCACCUGACUGCCUGGCUUUGAGACAAGUAUAAAAUUAAUCUUGGCCACUUACUCAAAGCUUAUUGUUCCAGUAUGUUAAAUUAAAAGUCCCAUUUGAGUUUAUACAUAGUGUUUAAAAAGACAAAAGCCUAAUUAAGUGUAUAUAAAGCAAAUCUAUCAAUAACUGGAAAUACAUCAAACUGACAUAUUGAUCAAAAAUACUAAUAAAAGUUAAACAGAAUAUAGAAGUUAAUAUUUAUUCAAACAAGUUGCAAUGUAACCUUUUAAAAAAUGCAGAUAUUGUUGUUAACAUUAUUAAGAAAAACAAGGAAGGUUUUUUUGUAAUACAAAAAAUGUUGCUAUUAAUUACUUUAUUUAUAAUAUGUAAAUUAGUAAAAUAUAAAUUUACUGUUUAUCAGUCCUAUAAAUGAAAUAAUUUGAGAAACUCCUAUAUCACACCCUUUUGGUACAAUGUGGCCAAUUUAUUGUCCAUCCUCCUAAAAAGAACCAAAGAGCCAGACCCAGAAGCUUUUCUUCUUUUUAUGUGGCCAAAUGCCUCACCAUAUACAGACCACAAAUGAAUAUUCCAUUUGUUGAUCACAGCUAACACUCUACUAGCCAGGGCACGGAAGUCUACAUCUGUACCUAGUACAAAAACCUUAUUAUGGUUGAUAUCCCAGAAUUGGUCAUUAGUGAUGUCCCAAACGGUUCGCCGCUGACGGCGAACAUAUGCGCUGUUCGGUCCGCCCCCUUUGUCAUCAUUGAGUAAACUUUGACCCUGUACCUCACAGUCAGCAGACACAUUCCAGCCAAUCAGCAGCAGACCCUCCCUCCCAGAUCCUCCCACCUCUAGGACACUAGGAACAGGUCCUGCUACAGGACUCGUCGGCUGAGACACCCACUUAAGGGAAGUGGGAGCAAAAAAAGAGACUGCAAGAGCGGCUGGAGGAGUAUGGAUACCCAGCCUCCGAAGCGAGUAACCUAGACAUCAGAGACCAGGUCCGAUACAUACUCUGGACCGAGGUACUGGAGGACGUUCAGGCUCUCCGGAGGGAAUCAAUUGCAACCCGAGAACAGCGACUGAGGGAUCAGCUGGAUCUACGGAUGCCUCUCCUGGGAGAGCAACCCCUGGAGGAUUGGGUGACUGAACUGGAGACACUGGUCUGGCAGGAACUGUGGGUGGAUGAUGCUUACUGGGCCUUACGGUGGCAUGCAAUCCAGCUGUACCCGUGGAUAGCAGACGGCGAACCCCCAGAGGGAUACAACUACGAUGGACCUGGUCUCCUAUGGGAUUAUUUAGGAGAUCCCUUCGGGUUUUGGGACCUAGACUUCAGAUACCCAUACCUUUCUCGCUUCUGGGUCAUCCAAGAGGAAUGGGAAGGUUGCUUGAACCUGGCAGGGAUAACCGAGCUGCAGUCGGAUCUGUACUAUCUGGCUAACCUAGAGUGGGAGAUCGAACAGAGCUAUGCAUGCCUCCUCCAUAGCAUAGAACCAUCUGGCUCAAGAGUAAUUCUGCUUAUGGACGCAGCACCCCAGGGAGAAAAGUGCUCCAUCCUUCCUCCCCAGAGGCAGUAUGAGGUCCAGGGAGGGAAGCGCUCCAUCCUUCCUCCCCAUUAGCAGUGUGAGGUCCAGGGAGGGAAGCGCCCUGUCCUUCCUCCCCAGUGGCAGUGUGAGGUCCAGGGAGGGAAGCCAGACACUGCCGCUGGGGAAUGAGACCGACUGUCUCCAUUCCCUGGUCCUCCCCAGCGGCAGUGUGAGGUCCAGGGAAUGGAGACAACCGGUCUCGUUCCCCAGCGGCAGUGUGAAUUAUCAGGAGAGAUAACCACAGGUACGGAGGGUGUCGUGGCUGGGACUGCGGUCGCCAUGGGCACCCAGCAGGUAGAAGACUCCUCCGACUCCUUCUGGAGCUGAGCCCAGAGAUCUGGUAUGGUCGGGUCAGCAGGUAGCAGAGGAAACUAUGGUGGCCUCUACCCCUUUCCCUAAGGAUGCUCUGGCAUCUUCCCCAGGAGCAGAUGAAUGUGGAGGCGCGCCAAUUCAAACUGGGUUCGGGCCAUUCUCCUUGUUGGUUGGCACAAGUAAAGCGAUGAAUGGAGUGCCCUCUGUUUGGUGGCGAAACCCCCCUUGUCCCUGGGCGUUGAUUGGUGCAAAUUAGUUUCACGCCUUUCAGCGGAUUGGUGCAAUCGGGAUUCGCGCCCUUUCCCCUGAUUGGGCGGCGAAACCCCCUCCACCCAGAGCGCUUUAUUUGCGCCAACCAAGCGUUCUCCUGGGUAGUCACGAGCCUUGCCUUGUAGCGCCCAGGUAGGGGACAGGGCAAGUGAUUACAGCUCCUUUAGGAGCAGGUAGAGUGGUCCCCGACAAGGGGACUGAAGACAGGGUGAGCAGGCUGGUUUGGCAUCCGAAUGCUGCCCCCCAUUGGCGUAAGGCUAUACGAACCGGCAGCCACCCAGGGGCAGCACACGCCACUUGUUACCAUGCGGUCUGCGGUUUCACACCUCGUUAGCAAGGUGUGAACAUUCUAACCACACAUUCUAAUUGGAAUAGCAGGGUGGUCCGGCGCACGGUGUACCGUGCGUCGGAGCGCCCCCAUGUGGCUGAAAAGUGAAAUACACCAUGCAUUGCCAAAUACAAAGGGAAACACACAUUUAACAAGGGAAAUGUCCCAUCACAGUAAUAUUUUUACAUAAUUAAGUAAUUUUAUUGAUUGCAAUAUGAGGGACCUGCCUGACUACCCUGGCAGAAAGUCCUGAGAAUUUAAUUUGCUAGCACUGUAUUUAACCCUGUAACUUUUCAUGACACCCUGAAACCUGUACAUGGGGGUUAGAUAUGUGCAAUUUGUUUCGAUCUGAAUAUGAAUUCGGGCAAUUCGGACAUUCGGGUACUUCCGAAUGUCCGAAUAGCCGAAGUGCCGAGGUCCCGAAGUUACGAAAUUACCGAAGUUCCAAAGCACAGUAUUGCCUAAGUACUAAUAUACUUAUCCAGUGGAAGAAGAAGAAUGUUACACUGUAUACAAGUUUAAAUAAAAAGUAAACAAACGUAGCCAGGAUUCAGCUGUAAGCAUUUGCAACACUUACAACAAUCAAGUAACAUACAUUCAUAUAAAAUGUAAGUUACUUAGCCUGUCAAUGGAAUGACAGGAAUGAAUAAGUAGAUAACUCCCUAAUUCCCAUGGUAUUAGGGAGCUAUCUACUAAAAGGCUGAAAGACCUAAAUUGGUCUUUCAGACAAAUGUACUAAUACUAAGUAAAGAUUACUUAGUAUUAGUAAAUUAUGCCCCUAUUCGCUAAACCGUGAGUAGGGGCAUGUCUAGUAAACAGUGAGCAGCCAGAGGCUGCUCACUGUAAAAAAAUAAAAAAUAAAAAAAUAAAACAUGUGCCUCCCCCUUCUAACCUGAAGGGGGGACCUAUUGCCCCCCGGCCUGGCCCCCACCCCUGAACGGCGUGUAGGGGCCCUAAAUCAUAAUAAGGGGGGAACUUUAUGUCCUCCACCCUGGCCCCCACCCCUGAGUGGUGGGGGCCCUAAAUAAAAAAGUGCCGAAGUGCCCCCCUCCAUGGGUGAAAUUGAUUUUUUUUUUUUUGUGGUGCUCGUUUUUUGUUUUUUUACGUGCGUCGUUAUUAUGGCUUUUUAUUUGGCCUUUUUUGGGGCUGAAAAAAGAAGAUUUUAGAAGAAAGAAAACAUCAAAGGUAAUUUUUUUUUUUUUUACUGGUACUUAGUUAAAUGGUCCCCCCUUAUUUUUAGGGUGAGGGGGGUAGGUUAAUUUUUUUUGGGGGGAAGGGGGUAACUAGGGAUUUUAGGGACCCCUAGUCAUCUGGGGAGGGGGGGUUAAAAUUUUUUAUUUAGAGCCCCACCCGCCACUGGAUGGGGGCCAGGGGGGAGGAAAUUAGGUCCCCGCCCGCCAGCUGGUAAUCCCGAGGAAAUACCGACAGGAGUUAUUGCGAGUGGACAUGGCGUCCCUUUAGCCGGGCACCUAGGGAUAUGCCAGACGUUACAUCGGAUAACCCAGAACUUUUCUGGCCUGGGGUAUCCAACGACGUCUGGGCAUAUUGCCAAACGUGCGAAGCAUGCCAAAGGGUGGGUAAAAGGGGAGACCACCAGAAAACUAAACUGGUCCCCCUACCCAUAAUAGAGGAACCCUUCACAAGAGUAGCAGUAGACCUUAUAGGACCCUAGCUCGGCCGAGCCGCUCCGGUAAGAGAUACAUCCUUACCGUAGUAGAUCAUGUCACCCGCUACCUGGAGGCCGUAGCCCUUUCUAAUAUUCAGGCUGAGACCGUGGCUGAUGCUUUGGUCAAGAUAUUUUCUCGAGUGGGAUUUCCCCAAGAGAUUCUAUCCGACCAGGGUACGCAGUUCACUGCCGAGGUGACCCAGCAACCAUGGUCUAAACCCCCUGACCAGCUCCCCCUGACCAGCUCCCCGUGGGACUCUGAAGCAGAUGCUGAAGACAUUCAUGGGAGCCUACAAGGACUGGAAGUGAUUCCUGCCGCAUCUCCUCUUUGCAUACCGGGAGGUGCCCCAGGAAUCCACCGGGUUCUCACCCUUUGAAUUGUUAUAUGGGAGACGAGGACAAUAGAGUUGGUCCAGUUAGGGGAUCAGCUGGAGCCCCAAGAGAGGGCUCAAGCUAUCCACUUACUGGAAGCCAAACAGGCCACGUUCUCCCAGGAGCCCGGGUACACCCAGCUGGCCACCCACAAGGUAGAUACCCCAGGACAGGCGCCCCUAAGGCAACUUCUCUACCGCAUUCCCGAAGCUGUCAGAGAUGGGAUGCGGAAAGGAUAGAUGAACUGCUAGACUGGGAGUAAUAGAGCAUUCGGACAGUCCUUGGGAUUCACCUGUAGUCUUAGUACCGAAGCAGGAUACUACAACCCGCUUUUGUGUAGAUUACAGAUGGCUCAACGACAAGACAGUCACGGACACCUAUCCGAUGCCCCGGAUGGACGAGCUGCAUGACCGCAUCUCCACAGGGAAGUAUCUGACCACGAUAGACCUCUGUAAGGGAUGCUGGCAGAUCCCCCUCGCGGAGGAUGAGGUCCCCAAGUCAGAGUUCAUCACCCCAUUCAGCCUAUACCAAUUUCGGGUUAUGCCGUUCGGGGUGAAGAACGCUCCGGCCACCUUCCAACAGAUGGUGGACCGCCUAUUAGAGGGUCUCCAGGACUACAUGUGCACACCUAGAGCACGUAGGGUCAGUGUUAGAUAGUAUUAAGGGGGCCGGCUUAACCUUGAAGCCGGACAAAUGUCACCUUAGUAGAUGCAAUAUUUGGGUCACCGAGUUGGGUGUGGUAAGCAAUGGGCAGAGCCGGCUAAGAUCGAGGCCAUUGCUAAUUGGCCCACUCCCCGUACCAAGACACAAGUCAUGGCUUUCUUUGGGACAGCCGGCUACUACAGACGCUUCGUACCGCACUAGAGUGCCCUGGCCAAACCCUUAACUGACUUGACGAAAAAGAAGUUGCCCGACAAGUCCUGUGGUCCCCGGAGUGCGAGGUGGCUUUCCAAGCUUUAAAACAUGCCCUUAUUAAUGCUCCUGUGUUGGUUGCCCUAGAUCCUAACAAAUGCUUUAUCAUCCACACAGAUGCUUCAAUGUUUGGACUGGGGGCAGUAUUAAGCCAGGUUGUAGAGGACAGAGGAGAACACCCGGUAGCCUACCUGAGCUGAAAACGUUUGCCAUUGAGAAGGAGUGCCUGGCAUUUGUCUGGGCUCUCAAAAAGCUAACGCCCUCUCUCUAUGGCCGUGCCUUCACCCUCAUCACUGAUCAUAAUCCCCUGGCCUGGCUCAACCGGGUCUCUGGAGAUAAUGCCCGUUUUGCUGCGCUGGAGCCUUGCCCUACAACCAUAUGAUUUUACCACACAUUACCGCCCAGGCAAGCAGAACGGGAAUGCAGACGGGCUGUCCCGCCAAACCGAGUUAUUAACAUUGUAACAAAAUCAGAUUUCCUGCCAGCCCCACUGGACCAGGAAAGGUCCAACCGUGUCUGCCAGAGCAGGGAGAAGAAGGGGGGCCAUUGUGACGAAUUUCCCUGUAUUCUCUGUCUUCAUUCGACUUUUUCCUCUCCCUGCUACCUAAAUGACUUGGCAUCAUUCAUUUUUCUGUGUGUGUUCGGUAGAUUAUUCAUUUUACCGAGACCACCCUGGGUAGAAAUUAGAACGUAGAACACCAUGUUGCAACACGAAACCACAAGGUAAUUGAGUACUCCUAGGUGGCCGCCAUUCAGCAUACGAACACGUGGCGAGAACAAAGGAUGGCGGCCAUCUUAAACUCCUUAAACAUCUUAAACUCCCGAACGAGGCCAGCAGGACCUGGUCAUCGAGUGCCUGGAACUGUUUUCGGCAUGGCAUUCGCAAGAACACCCGGUCUUUAUGGAAGUCCCGUCUGACCUAUUUCUCCUUACAGUGCAAGACAGACAUUCGGGAGUUUCAAUCAACCGAACGAGGGGAGCAUUCUUAUUUAAAAAAAAAAAAAAAAUUUAGAUAAAUAUUUUAUUUGGUUUUCUCAAUAACACUACAAAAAUAUAUAAUUUACAGACAUAAAUACUCAAACAGAAGAUGAUUAUAACAUAUCAUCCAGUGUUACAUAUAAGACAUAAAAACACACAAACACAAUCAAAACAGCGUGUUUAUGGGUUAUAGCUUUUACCCUAACCAGGAGUUAUUAUCCUUAUGUCAAAAAUUCAUUAUUUGUUGAUAUGUGUCAAUCAUUUGACUGAUAAAGGUCUUUCAAGGAUCUUAAUCCAUUUAUCCCAAAUUUUAUAUUUCUCCGUACUAAUACAGAUAUUAGAAGAUAUUCCCCUUUCCAUCUUACAUUGAUGAAUAAUGGCUUCUUUACAUUGUUGCCAUGAAUCUAUUAUCAUCUUUUUCCAAUUCCUGGCAAUAGACAAUUUAAUAGCCAUCAAUGCGUGGAUUAAGAAAUAUUUAUCAUCUUUCGCUAGUUGUGGUAAUUUUAGAUGAAGCAGUACCAUUUCUGGUGCCCAAUUUUUUUAAAUAAGUCCAGAAUUUAACCUGUGGUUUUAAAAUUAUGUUGUCUGUUUGACAUGGCUUAUGUUUAUUACGGGCAAGGAUUCUUAUGGGCCACAACAAUUUUUUUUUAUUUUUUUUUUGCAGUUUGUAAGAUAUUUUUUUUUUUUGAAACUUGAAGUUUUAUUAAAUUUCAACAUGUCAUAUUGGUAGGGGGGUAGGGUACAGAAGAGAAGGGAGGUGGGGGGGUGGGGGGAAUUCGACACACAGUUACAUUACAGGUUCGUAUUACAUUCCCGGCAUAACUUUACAAACCAUUUUGGUAGGCAUAUAUUAGUGGUUCAGGGUCAUACUUGGUGUUAGUCCCCAGUGGGCUGAGGAUUAUAAUACAUUCACACAUCCAUUGACUGUGACCAUUCCUAGCAUUUUCGACAACCAACCUCAGUGUUUCCUGCAGUCAUCCUGUAUAUCCCUCAUGUCUUAUCCUGUCUCUACCUAAUGCCCCUUCCUGCCCAGUUUUCCUACUUUGCGGCUUUUCCGAAUAAGUCCACCAAGUGGGCUAUGUGCGUACUGUCCCCCAUGUCUGCGAACGUCUCAUAUGGGGGUCUCUAUGCUAUCUUAGUGGUGUUGUGGCACCAGGGGGCCCAUAGUAUCUUGCUUCCAGGAGCUCCACAUCUCCCAUGCUCCCCCGCAACGCUGUGGUCCCGUGCGUGCGGUAGAAUAUUGUGUUUCAUAAAUUAGUUGUUUAUCUAUGUCUUGUAUAAUAUGGGAGACGCUUGGGGGUGUGGUAGAUUUCCAGGAUCUCGCUAUUACCCUCUGUGCUGUCAGUAGUAUAUGAUAUAUUAAUUUCUUUAUCGCCACAGGCAAGUCAGGGGGAAUGUCCAAUAGGAGAAAUGUCAAGGGCUCUAAGGUAAUAUCGGUUUUAGUAGUGUGGGUUAUAAGUUGUCGUACUUCUUUCCAGUACCUCUCCAGUUUAGGGCAUUUCCACCAAAUAUGUAGGACUGAGCCCAGGUCUCCCGCACAUCUCCAGCAAGUCGGGAGCGUGUGGGGGUACAGCCUGUGCAGGCGGGUUGGCACCAUAUACCACCUAUAGAUUGUUUUUUGGUGUUGUUCAAUAAGAGGGGCCGAUUUCACCAAUUUCCUCACAGAUGUUACUAUGUGUUUCCAUUUGUGCUCUGGUAUAGUAACGUUCAGGUCCGCUGACCAGUGCUGUGCCUGGGUAGAGCUAUGAAACGGCUGGUAUGAUUGGAUACUUUUGUAGCAUUCAAAUAGCGGUUUAAAUUUAGGUGGGGGUAUCCCUGUAAUCCCUAUUUUUUCCCAGGUCGAGAGUUCUCCACACCCGUCUUGUCUCUGUGUCUGUUCUUUGUUGUGCCUGUGUAAAAAGGAUUGUAGUUGGAUGUGUGAAUAGUGGGACGUGGGUGGUAUUUUGUAUAGGCGGCAUAGUUCUGAAAAGGGCAACAGUUUGCCCGCUUUGUAUAUGUGUGCCAGGUGAGUGGCUCCCCUUUCUUUCCAUGGUGCUGCGUGGAACGUGGGGAUACAAUAAGUUAGUGCCUCGGUAGGGGUUGCUAGAGAUAGUGGACAGUGUGAUUCAAAGCCCGGUCUGUAUAGGUCCCAGGUACUUAGUGCUAAGCUAAGUUGUGUGGGCAUGGUCGGGGUAGUUGGUCUAGUGGUUUUCCGUAGCCACAUGAGGUUAGGGACUCGAAGGGGGGCUAUAGCUUGAUUUUCCAUUCGUACCCAUUGAGGUUGGCCCUUCGUGGUAAGGUGUGCUAGCAGCGAUGUCAAGAUCGCAGCUUGGUGAUAUGUUUUAACAUGUGGGAACGCCAUCCCGCCUUUGCUCGCGAGGGCCAUUAAUAUUUUUUGAGAGAUUCUCGCCCGUCCCGUGCCCCAGGUGAAUUGUAACAUCUUAGCUUGUAUAUUUUUGAAAUAUGCAUUCGGUGCUCUCCAUGGGAGGUUUCUAAAUAAGUAUUGGAGUUUUGGCAAUAUGGUCAUUUUAAGUGCUAUUAUGCGCUCCGCCCAAGAUAAGAAAAUGUGUCCCCAGCCCUUCAGGAUUUCAGAACAUUCUUUCCAGACCCCAUUAUAGUUAGAAGGAAACAUAUCAUUCGGAUUUUUAGUAAAUGUUAGGCCCAGGUAUUUUAUAUUUCCAGUUCUCCAUUCAAAUGGGAAUUCUCUUCGCAGUCGUGUCAAGACUUGUGAGUCCAGGCGGAGACCUAAUGCUUGUGUUUUUGUGGCAUUGAGAGAGUAAUAGGACAUCGCCCCGUACUCUGUGAUGAGCUUCAUUAUAUUAGGUAGGGAUUUGUCAGGGUUUGUGACAUAUAGCAAGAUGUCGUCCGCAAAUGCGCUAAUUUUUAUUGUCCGCCCAUGCCAAUCUACCCCAUCUAUUGCUUGGUGAAUUCGAAUCGCUGCAAGUAACGGCUCUAAAGCUAACACGUAGAGCAGGGGUGACAAGGGACACCCCUGUCUCGUGCCGUUCAUAAUUUUGAAGGGUGCGGACAAAAACCCGGCCUGCAGGACCUGGGCUGAGGGGUGUGAAUACAAGGCAAAUAUCUGGGUAAUGAAUUGAUGCGGAAAUCCAAACCUUUCUAGUACCCGGCGGAGGAAGGGCCAGCCCAGGCGGUCAAAGGCUUUCUCAGCGUCUAAGGCCAGUAGUAGACCCCCCGGGUCGGCCCCCCGCAUCCUCUCCAACACCAGGGAUAGCUUUCUGGUGUUGUCCGUCCCCUGUCUCCCCAACACGAACCCAGUUUGAUCAUCGUGAAUCAGUGUUGGAAGGAUUUUACUCAUUCUAGUGGCUAAUAUUUUAGCAUAGAUCUUAGCAUCUGAAUUUAACAAUGAGAUGGGUCUAAAAUUUUUACAUUGGUCUGGGGGUUUCCCGGGUUUGGGCAAGGUUACUAUUGUGGCUAGGAGCAUCUCGGUGGGGAGUUGGCCCGUGUCCGUCGCCGUCCGGAACGUCCGCACCAGCCACGGGCCAAGUAUGUCCGCAAAAGUUUUGUAGUACAGAUUGGACAAACCAUCAGCUCCCGGAGAUUUUCCGGCGGGCAGCUGUUUGAUGGUAUCCAGAACUUCAUCUACGGUGAUUGGUUCCAGUAGUGCGGAGAAUUGGGUCUGGUCUAGCCUCGGGAGGGGGAGCCCUGUCAAAUAGGAGCGAAUCGAAUUGUCAUCUAAGGGGGCCAUGCCAGGCUGGUCCCCCAGGUUGUAGAGGCCUGCAUAGUAAUUUGCGAUCUCUUGUGAUAUCUCCAUGGGGUUUUGUAUUUUUUUUACCCGCUACGGUGUGCAGGUGGGCUAUCUUGGACGUUGCCAGUCUCGCCUUUAGGCGGUUGGCUAGAUAUUUUGUGGCUUUUCCGCUAUGAUGAUAGGAUGUUGCCCUCAACCUUUGUAAAAAAUAGGCGGUUUUUGCUGCGUUCAGUUCUGUUAAUUGACUUGUUAAGGUUUGCACCUGUUUGGCCAGAGCCGGAGAUGGGUUUAAUUUGUUUUGGGUCAUCGCUACCGCCAGUAGCUUCUGGCAUUCUAGUUGGGUUUUUUGCCUACUCUUCUUGAGAUAUGAGGAGCGUCUAAUAAAGAGACCCCGCGCCACAGCUUUGUGUGCGAGCCAAACGGUUUGGUCGGGUACGUCUCCCCCAGAGUUUGCCUGGAAAUAUUCUUCUAGGUCUGUCUUCACCUGUUGUAGGAAUGUGCUGUCGCUUAACAGCGACUCAUUUAACCGCCAAGUCCCCCUCCCCUUAAAUUGGAAGGAGUCGAAUAGCUCUAGGUAUACAGGACUAUGGUCCGACCAGGUUAUAUCACCAAUACUGCAGAUCGAAACUUGUGCUAGUGUUUGUUGGUCUACAUAGAAAGUGUCAAUCCGGGUGUAAGUGUUAUGUACUCUCGAGUGGAACGUGUAGUCCCUCUCCCCAGUGUGGAGAACUCUCCAGCUAUCAUAUUAGUUGUGUAGUGUAAGUUUUGCGUUCAACGUUUUGCAUGUGGAUACCAUUUGUCUUCUCCUCGCACCCUGGGGUAAUGCUGUUGUAUCUUCCUCAAGAGACGUAAUAAAAUUAAAGUCUCCACAAAGGAUUAAUCCCCCUAGCUUGUGUUGUUCAAUUUUCUGCAUAAGGCGAUGGAGAAAUACCUCUGCACCUGUGUUAGGGAAGUAUGUCGAGACCAGGGUAUACUGAGCGUUAUUGAAGAGGCCUGUCAAAAUGAUAAACCUACCCUGUGGGUCUACCAGUUUUCCCUGCUCUAUAAAUGCCACAUCUUUGUGGAUUAGAAUGGACGUCCCUUUGGUCUUGUUCGUCGAGACCGCAUGGUAUUGGGAUGGAAAGUGUUUAGUAAAUAGUUCGGGGGUCUUAGUGUUUUUUUAAAUGUGUCUCCUGGAUACAGGCAAUAUCAAUUCUUUUCGUCUUAAGCUCUUGUAGCAAGAGGCGUCUUUUACCUGGGGUGUUCAACCCCUUUACAUUAUAAGUCAAAAUUUUCAUAGUGGGUCAAUGGUGUCUCUGGAAAACAAUAUGCUAAGUCGUGUCCCAUCCGUGUGGAAUAGUGACCUGGGGUUUUGGUUGUAUGCCCAUUGCCGGUAAUGCUUGUGGGAAUGCUCCAGUUGGAGGUGUACCAUGUUUUUUGUAUGUCGUGGGGUGGUGCGGGAGAGGUAAGGGUGGGUCAAAACAGUCCAUGGGUGAUGUACCCAGUAGGGCUCCCAUAACCGGGGCCUCGGUCCGCGAUCUAGCCAGUAGAUGCGGGUGGUGGGGGGGGUGCAGGUGAAUCCGUCUAACAUGUCGGUCAUUCACCUAGAGACCUUAGAGCAGUGUCCAGUUAAAUGCAUGCAAACUAGUUAAAUGAUUAAUACCGUAACAUACAUUGAAAUAACCAAUACAGUUCAAUGACGCCUGUGGCAUAGCCUCUAUGGGCAUUUGCAGCUAAGGCGUCUGUGGCUAACCACAUCUUGUGCACAGUCUAUUCCUCUAUACCGUACAGAUUGCGUAUUAGGCAGAGUCAGAUUCUAACCAGCUGUAUGUGCUGCUGACUUAAUGAGUCUAGAGCCUGUAGGGCCCAUGUUAAGUAGUAUGUGUACUGCAUUCUAAGACGAAAAUGUCUUUUGGCUUUAUAGAAUAUCCUAUACCAGUCCGCGUUUGUUGGGCGUAGAGGUGUGUGUGUUAUAUAGUUACGUAUAUCACUGGUGUUUCAUUGGGUUGACCAUUCCGGCUGCAAUCUUGGGACCUUUGCCGACUUUGUGGGUUCAGUGGGUGGGAGAGGCAGUCCCCAAUCCCUCAGCUUGGGUCACGUCUGUAACCAUGUGGGUCGCAUCUUGGUGGGAAAUCAGGAGUUUAGCUGGAUAGCCCCAAUGAUAGUCCACGCUCUGCUCUCUGAGGAUUGUGGUGAUGGGCGACAAUGUCUUCCUGAAGUGUAAGGUUUCGGCCGACAGAUCUGCAAAGAUUUUAACAGAUUUGUAGUUGUCAGGCAUGUUUGUGUUUCUGCUGGCUCUCAUAAUUUUUUCUUUGGCGUGGAAGAAAUGAAUCCGUGCCACAACAUCUCUCGCUGCCGUAGGUGGUAGGUGUUUAGGUCUGCGCAGUCUAUGCGCUCUGUCGAUAAUCAAUUGGUCAGGAUGAAUUUCUGGGGCGAGAGCUUGAAAUAGGUUAGAUAGAUAGUUUUGGAGGUCAGCAUUUUGUAUAGAUUCUGGAAUUCCACGGAACCGGAGGUUGUUCCUCCUUGCUCUGUCUUCCAUGUCAGCUAAUUUUAUUCUGUGUGCCUCCAAAGUAUUAUCCAGCUCUUGGAUCUUAUCUGCCAGGCUAUUAUGGGCCACAGCAUGCUCGUCCAGUUUUGCUUCUAUCUGUGUGGUGCGAUUACCUAUCUCCUGUAUCUCCCUGUGUAGUUCAGUUUUCAGCUCCUGAAGCUGUUUUUUCAUGUUUUUCUGGAUGGUGUUUGUAACUUCCUCCAUUAUCGCUCGGAUGCCCCCCAUAGUCAGGGGUUGUUCCUCUGGUGUGCGAGAGGGGGAAUUUUCCCGCCUCUCCUGGUCGCCGCCAUCUUGUGCAGGCUCCUGGCCCUCUCUCAGCUUGGAGGCUGCGGUUUUAGUUAGAAAGAACGCGGCUCGAUCGGACUUCUCCGCUUUACUUUUCUGCCUCUGAGACAUGUCGCCCACCUCCUCCGGUCGAUGUAAGUGUUUUAUGCUCGGUGUACCGCUUGGUUAUGGCUCUUUUCGGUCUCCGUUUGCCGGAGCUGUUCUUACAUGCGUCCGUUCAUCUCCGGCUGCAGGCCACGCCCCCCGGGCCACAACAAUUUAACCAUGUUAUGUGGUUCCAAAAUAUCUUCUCCCUCUAAUUCGUGCCAAUCUUGUGGGUGUGUAUCCUGAUUAAUUGUAGCUACUGUAUGCAGCAGCUGGGCAGCUUGGUGACAAAAAAAAUAUUAGGAAAUCCUGUUCCCCCUUGUUUAUAUUUCAGAUACAUAAGGUCUUGUCCUAUUCUGGGCUUCUUGUUAAGCCAAAUAUAAUUUCUAAAGAUCUUUUUGACAUUUGUUAGCCAGUGGGGUUGUAUCGGCAUCGGAAUCAUCCUUAAUAAAUUAAUAAUCUUAGAUAAGAUAUAAGCCCUUAUGGAAUUAACUCUUCCCCAACAGGAUAUCUCAAGUUUACUCCAUUGUUUAACCCCUUAAGGACACGACAUGUGUGACAUGUAAGGAUUCCCUUUUAUUCCACAAGUUUGGUCCUUAAGGAGAUGAGUAGUUUUUUUAUUUUUUAUUAAAGGGAUUAGAUUAGCUCUCAUAAUGUUUACAGGGUCAUAUACUAUAUUUAUCCCCAAAUAUACAAAGUUUUUCUUCUCCCAUUUAAAAGCAUAUUGUUUAUUUAAGAAAUUAUAUUCAGCCAUAUCCAUAUAUAGAGGCAAUACCACUGUUUUUUGAAUGUUUUUUUUUUUUUUUGAAAGUUUAUAAUUUGUAAGAAAACUAAACUGAUUUUUUUCUUCCAUUACUGCUGGAACCGAGUGAGCUGGAUUCAAUAGUGUUAACAAAAUAUCAUCAGCAUACUGACUUAUCUUUAACUCUCUUACGAAAACCUGUUAUAUUAACAUUCGAACGUAUGUCAUGAGCCAGUGGUUCCGCCACUAUGAUGUAAAGAAGUGGGGAAAGCAGACCUGAUUCCCCCUUCCACUAUUCUGCCCGAUGGAGGGGAAUAGAGGGCCAUAAUUGCCGAAAGAAUCUGUCCCGGGAAGCCAAAGGCCUCUAAAGUUGAUUUUAUAUAAUUCCAAUUAACCCAAUCAAAAGCUUUCUCUCCAUCGAGCGCCAUAGUGAGAAAGGGGGUUUUUGUGGCAUGUACCUUAGCAUAAAUGUUUAUAAUUUUCCUAAUAUGAUUAGACUAUGUUCUCCCGGGGACAAAUCCUACUUGAUCUUCUGAUAUUAAACUCGAGAUUAUACUUUUAAUUCUUUUAGAUAUAAUUGAUGCAUACAUUUUAUAAUCGUUAUUUAAUAAAGCUAUCGGCCUAUAGUUGGCAAUUUUGUUUUGGUUUAAGUAUAGGAGCAAUAUUGGCUGCUAACAUCUCAUUUGGCAGUUUUCCCGUAGAGAUAGCCGUAUUAUAGCAUUCCCUUAAACCCUGAACGAGCCUAUCUUUGUAGAUUUUAUUUUUUUUAAAUCCACAAACCCAUCUGGGCCAGACGCUUUGGUUUUUUUCAUUGCAUCAAUAGCCUCUAUAAUUUCUUGAGCUGAAAUGUCUUCAUUCAGUUUGUUUAGUUGGGAGUUAGUUAAUUUGGGCAGCUGCUUAUCUAAAAAAUAUUUUUAUAGAUCUUCUUGAGUUGCUGUUACUGGUAGGUUAUAUAAAUCAUAAUAAUAUUCUUUAAAGGCCGCCCCAAUUUUGACUGGAUCAAUUAUUACAUCAUUGCCUUGUUUUAUUUUAUUUAUUAAUUUGGCCUUUUGAUGUGCUUUAACUCUGUUAGUAAGAAGUUUAUCAGCUUUAUUUCCCCGUAAUAGAAAUUGGUUUUCAUAUAUUGUAAAUUCCUAUUAGCUUUAGCUAUUAAAAUAUCAUUAAUUUUACUUUCAAUUAUCCUUAUUUGAGUUGCUCGGGCUCUCAUAGGAGAGGUUAUAUUUUUUUAUUGCAUUCGCUUAAUUCAAUAUAUAACUCUGAAAGAGAUUUCCCUUUACUUAUUUUUUCGUGCGCAGCCAUACUAAUUAAGUGACCUCUUAUAACACUUUUGAACGCACACCAUUUUAUCAUAGGUGAUACUCUAUCGUUAUCUAUCCAAUGUGUAUCUAUUGCCUUAGCAAUUUGUUCUUUGUUAUCUUCCGGAAUUAAUAUUUUCUUGUCCAAUUUCCACUCUGGUCUUUGUCUAAUAAAUUUAUCUUUCAGGUGCACCUUUACCAUGUUAUGAUCAAACCAGGUGGUAGACAGUAUAUUAGAAGAUUUUAUUCUGCCCAACAAAUUACGCUCUAUUAAGAUUAAAUAAAUUCUUAAAUACGAACAGUGUUCUCUAUCGGUAGGAUGGAAUAUCCUCCAACAGUCUGAGAGAGCUGCAUUUUGUAUAACAUUACUCAAUUUCUUAGCUUGAUUAAAGACAUUCUUAGAGGGUGUGACGAGAGCAAUCUCGCCACAUUGCAUUGGAGAAGCCUGGUUGCUCGCCUGCUGCCUUUGGACUAUGGCCCCCUGUUAAAAGACAUUUUUUACCUGCAGAAAAGCUUAAUUCGUGCUUUUCUGCCUGGGGUUCGGUAGAUUCAAUCUACCGAACAACCGUACGAAUGACUGGACCACCUGGGAGCUGGAGUGUGCCGGCAGUUAACCUCCCUGAAGCUGCGGUUAACCGCAGCUUAAUUGACGAAUGCUGGGUGGCCGCCAUUUGUAUCACGAACACGAGGUUGCGGCCAUUUUAAACAUACGAAUGCACAGCGGUGUUUGUCUAUAUUUUCAUGGAACUAAAAUCGGACACAGUUUUGCGCGAACACCGCUGAAGCCGCCGACCUCCCGUCUUGUUCGGUGAAAGUGCACGAACGGCCCGGUGUUCGGUAGUUUUGUUUGAAUGUGUUAUACCCCAGAUAGGAAUCCCAUGGAGCCCAUUCGUAUGAAACUGACUGUAAAGAUUUUGGCUCCAUGGCGAUUAAACUGUAUUCGUGUGGUCUGAGCGCCAUUCACUUAAUAAUGUGCACUCAGACCUGAGCUAUCUGGGGAUAUGUUAAAUGUAUAGCUUUAAUGUAAUGUGUCUUACCUGGUGUAUUUUAACAGUAAUGCUUGUUUUAGUAUCCCCACGUGCAUAAUGGCGAUUUGCCUUUGUCUUGGGAUAUAAUUGAAUUACUUCUCAAUUAUCUCCCAGGGCAGAGGGGAGGAAGCCAGGAUGCAUUGUGGGAAUAUACUGUGACUGUGUGUCCUAUUUGUCUGCUUGUCUGUCCCUUGUCACAGUCUCCCAUUUGGUCCCCUAGGGGAGUGUCCACCAGGUGGGAGACCUGCAUAAAUACUGGGCAGGUAGCCCUCAUUAAACAGACCACUGCUUGACCCUCAACACGGAGCCUUGUCUCGUCUUUGGGGGGAUUUACUGAAUGCUGAUAGAGACUGAUUGCUAGGAGUGUAAGCUGCUUGGAUGCUUUUCCUAUUCGUCUGGUAGCAGCAAUUCGUAUGGUUCCUGUUCAUCUGUUUGGAGUGCUAUAUUGGAUGCCGUUCGGGAGUUUGGAGCAUUCACUUAUUGGCGGUUCGUGUGUUUGGUGUUCUGCAGUAGCUGUGCCUGCAUCUCUGGAAAGGGGGCCGAUCGCCUAAACAUUUUUUCCCCUUUUGUGCAAAACAGUCCGUUACAGAGGGUAUUUUACCUUUUUCAGACCUCUUAUCUAAUUUGGUGUCAGUUACGGAAUUAAAGUCGCCUAGAACUGAGAGCUCCUUGCUUGACUUUUAUUCUACUUUCGUUAAGACUUUUUGUAUGAACUGUAUCUGUGAAGAGUUCGGUGCAUAAAUAUUGACUAUUGUAUAUAAUUCUUCAUCGAUACAACAAAUUAAAAUAAUCCAUCUGCCCAUUUUGUCUAUACUUUGAUAUUUUAUGGAGACGUUUACUUUAGCUGAAAAUAAAAUCGCUACUCCUCUUUUCUUUUUCUCUUUAAAUGAUGAACAAACAGAGGAAAACCUAAGAAUCUGAAUUUCCCUUCAUCUGCUUGUCGCCAAUGCGUCUCUUGUAGACACACUAUAUGGGCGUUUUCUGUUUUCAUACGGUCAAUUACUAUUUUCCUUUUUUGUGGUGAAUUAACACCUCGUACAUUGAUAGUCACAAUAUUUACCAUUUAUCGAAAAUGUUUAACCUAGUAUACUAGGCAUCCUCCAAUCUAUGGCUCGUGUCAUUUAACUAGUAAUAAGGCCUAGAUAUCUUCUAUUCACUUUCAAGUAUUUACACAUAAAUAUCAAUUUUCCUGAAUACAUCUCUAUAUCCUUUACCCUCCACAAAAGUCGACGUUUCAAUAUAAGACUAACAUUUGACAUUAUAACAAAUUCAGACAUACUAACAAAUACAAAAAAACAACCCUUUAAGGAAGUCUGGAUGGUUUUGGUGAAUAUCCCCUUUCACCAAAACCCUCCACCUGGAUCCCUGCUAGGAUCAAUUGUAUGAUGCUGAAAAACUCGAUGAAAGAGAGAGAAAUUAUUUCAUUAAUAUCUAAAAAAAAAAAAAAGAAAAGUCUAUUCCCCUUCGUUUAUCUUUACUAUUCUUCUCUAUUAAUAGGAUUCCAGAUUUAAAUCGUAUAUUUCUUCAAGUUUAACUUUUUGUGGCCCUGUUUUAAGAGUGCAUUCUUUUGUGCCUAGUUCCCAUUUAUUACUGUAGCUCUUUAAUUAAAUUAAAUCAUAACCGUGAAUUUUAAUAAUUUUAUCCUUUGUGCUACAUUUGUCAAUUCCUAAUCCUACUAAUUUCAAUUGUAUUCACGCGUUAGUUAUCUUUUUUAAUCUAUAUCUCGUGCAUGAUAUUUGUGAAUUCUGUUCUUUUUAUAUUCUUACUCUUUCUUAACCAAACUUUAUAAUUUAAAUAUAGUGCAAGAUUAAUGCUUGACUCCUAGCAUAUAAUAAUAAAUCGUGGUCAUGCAUUCUGAGGUCUAUUUUACAUACAUAUAUAUAUAUAUAUAUAUAUAUAUAGAUAUUAUUCAAAUAGUGACAGCAAAGUUCAUAUCUUUAAACCAUUUUUCUAUUGCCGAUACAUCAGAAAAUUAAUAUGUUUUUGCCUCAUAAGAAACCACUAUUUUGCUUGGAUAUCUCCACGAAUAUUGAAUAUUAUUUUGCCUUAAUAUCUUUGUGUAUGCUGAAAACGGUUUUCUUUUCGCCCUAGUGUGGUAUGAUAUGUCUGGGAAAAUGGCAAUAUCUUUAUAUGGUUCUUUUAAUCUGGUCAUUCUUGCUGUUCUUAAUAAUUGUUCUUUAAUCUUAUAUGAGGCGCAACAUAUAAGUACAUCUCUUGGGGCACCUUGUGCCACUGUAUCCAGUUACAUGAUUCUAUGGCACCGCUCCAGAGCCUGUAAGGGGUUUAUCAAUUGAAUGUCUAAUUGUCGAAAAAGAUCCAAAAUGUAAUCUUGCAGUUUUUCAUUAGUGACUGACUCUGGAAUUCCUCUAAAUCUUCUAGGUCAGCGAUUUUUUUUUUUUUUUUAUUCCAAAUCUGCUAUUCUUUUCUUAGCAUUUUCUUGACGAUCUUCAGCUAUAGCUUGCUGAUAUUCUAAAGAUUCUAUUUUUUCUUCAUUUAUUUUUACUGUCUUCUCUAUCAAUAGAAUUUCGGAUUUAAAUUCCAUAAAGCCCGUCUGUAUUUCAUUUUUGAUCUUGUCAAAUUGACGUUCAAAAGCUGUGUCUAAAUAAUCAUGUAUUUCUUCGAGAUUAACCUCUUUUUGGCCCUGUUUUGAGAGUGCAUUCUGUGGUGACAUUGUUUAUGUUUCUUUAACUGUUUGGAAUGAGAUGUCUGUUUCGUUUUGUUGCUCUGACUCUUGUUUCUGUUGUUGCGACAGAGUGGAGGCAGAUAAUCUUUUUUCUGGCUUAAUUUCCGGCUUCCUUUCUUUCUCUCUCUUCGAGAGUUGUUUACCCUCUUGAACCUUUUUUGUUGCCAUGAGGAAUAAUAAAAUAAAGUUCUUUUAUUUUCCCCUUCUCCUUUCCCUUGUCAGGGAUCUUCCCGCUGUAUAAAUCUUUAAAGCUUCUUCAAAUGCUGUAAUUUACAGCUGUUGAUAUUAUGGUUAAUUGUUUGGAAUUAAGACUAGUUUUUAUUCAAAUUCAAAUGCCCUGAUUACUUCAGGUAUGCUUGAUCUUGAUUUUAUUAUUUUUAGUAUGUUGAUAUACUGAGCUUUUUUUUUUUUUUAAGAGCCAAGGAAGUUUAUUUUACUGAACCAGACUUUGGCAAAAUAUAUUUUUAGAAUUAUUGGCCAUCAAACUGUUAUAGAAGUAGAAAUAGCGUACCUGGAGGCUGAUCAAUAGAUUAAGUGACAUAAUUUGGCACCUAAUUAGGGAUUAACGAUAUAUUAAAGCUGUUUUUGCAACAACAGACAAUUAUCAUAAUUCUAUAUUGAAAAUAGAAUUGUUGGGGAACCCUUGUGCUAGAGAUGGACUUUUUUUUACGUCAGAACAAAUGUAACAUUUUCAAAAUGCAGAUUACUAACAAAAAAAAAGAUGCUACUCUGAAAUACUUAUCAAGGCAAAUCAACCAAAUGGAUUGCUUCAUAUAUAUCACAGUAUAAAUCAUAUGUUUUGAAUCUGAAGACCAAUUUAACAUGAUGAGUAAGAUCCAUCUUUCACUUUUAAUAUUAGCAAUGUGAUAUAUACUAUAUGCUAAAAAGUUAUCCACCAGUAAACUUUGUGAGUUUACAUAGUUAAGCCACUAACAUAUAGUUGUAGACUAUUAAUGAUUCGGCAAUGUGUCCACCCGAAUCAUUUGCACUGAAAUAGUUAAAUAUUACAAUUAAAUUAGAGAAAGGCUUUUCACUACCACAGUGCAUAGAUAUGAUUUAUAUAUAAAGUGGACCUGCAAACAGCAGAUUGUUUUUUCUAUAAAUAUUUGGAAAAACUAUGUAUUUUUUUUGGACACACACAGAAACAAAUUGUGGGAUAUAUUGGUGUCCUCCAAAAUGAGCACAUUUAACAAAUCUUGUAAAAUGUAACAGACAACAUAGGAAGCUUUAUGGCAUGACUGUAUGUCAAAGAACAAUUUGAAUUGCCAUCACACAUCUAAGCUUGGCAAGCCUUGAAUAAAACUAUAUUUAGACCUUUAAUAGAUUGAAUGUUAAAAUACCAGACCACCCAACUUGCAAGUGGCUGAAAAAGAUUCACCCCCAGAAUAAUCUUUGCAUUUUAUUUUGUCUUAAGCUACCAAUAGACAAUUAAACAAAACGUUUAAUUUGAGAUUGCCUAAAAUAUAUUAACACUGACCUGGUUAAACAUAAAGCAUAUUUGCAAAGGAAAAAAAAAGCCAAAAGCCACCAUAAGUACAAAAAAUAAAAUAGACUAAGGGUUUACUUUGUUGAGGCCAUUACUUAAGUAGGGUUCAAAGAAUAUUGGUCCUUGUUCAUUACUUCAUUCAGGCUAAUUGCUCCAGAGAGCUCAGAUUUGCUCCCAGGUGCUAAGGAAGUUAAGGUAUGUAGAGAGAAUGGAUAACAGACAGUUUGCUAGAAUAUAGGGUAAACCCUCUUGCACAUUCAGAAAAUACCUGGACCACUUUGUAAAGAAAAGAGAAGACCAAAGACACACAUGCAUUCUUUUUGGAUGUUGCCACAAGAUAUAGGUUAUUGUGCUUAAUCCACAUGAAAUGGACUCCUCCGUGGGCAAGAAUGGGUGAUAGUGCCCCUUCUUCCUCUUUCUCCAUUAAGAUUGGCAUGAAGUGCUCUACCUCUGACAUAUCAACAUCUCCUCGGCAGUUACGGCAAAUAAGAACCUUCCCUUUCAGGUCCAAAACGUAAACGGCGCUGGCCGACAUCUUCCCGGUAGGCGCCCGCUUCCCUCAGCCUGCAGGUCUCCUCCACCGAUCACAAGACUCGUCCUAUCCCCUCAGCACCACGGCGCCACCAUCCCCCCUACUCCGCACACACCGCUAUACUGAGCCUUCUUAUUAUUCUCCUUUUUUUUUUUUUUUGGUCGUUUUACUAUCAUUCCUCCUUAUCACUUUCUUUCUUCUUAGUGAUUUUAGGCUUCAAACAAUUACAGAGAGAAGUUAGUCCAGCCAAAAAUUAAGGUUGUAUGCCUUAAUUAGUGAUCUCUAUGUAGGUACAUCCAAAUUUUAUUAGGCAACACCUGACUUUUCCAAGCUCAACAAUCAUUUUCUCACUGUCAUCUCUUUAUUUCUUUAUCAGGCAUUUAUCAGUAGCAAUUCCACCAUCUACUUUUAUGCCCUUUUUUCUUUCUUUUCCUUUAUAACCAUCUGUAUUCCUUCUAGUUGUUCACCUCCCCUUUACCUUCUUCCACCUUUAUAUCUAUUUCUUUCCUUUGUACUUUGUCUCGCUAUACCUUAUAUUAUAUAUAGACUUCAUACAAUAAAGAGAGGAAAGAAAGAGAAAAGUACAUUGAGCAAGUCCACAUGGGACUUACCUCACGCUCUCACCGACACCGCCUCUGUUUAACUCCUUUUUUUAAGUAAUCUCGGAGCAGGCAGGCUUACCACUUAGAACUCCAGCGUCUUGUGGCGUUUGUUAUUCGUGCCAUUUCCAUGAUAUUAACAAGGAUGUUAAGGGGAUACUUGGCGAAGUGCUUAAUUAGGUAUAUGUGCUGACAUCAAACCAGCGGGUCUCCUCUGCGGGCUCUCUCCUUCAGGAUAUCAGCAUCACCGCGCUCGUGGAUGUGCGUUCCCGUACAGCGUGUACGUCCUACGUCAUCGCUCCUCCCCCCCCUAUUGUUGGGAGCAUUAUCAUAUAACCAGCGGCAUUCUACCUACAGUGGUUUUCGUAUAAUUCUGUACGAACGGAGACCGGCUCUUACUACCAAUUUCAUGGAACUCUAAAUCGGAUACAACCGCAUGGCGAGCCGGUCAAACUCUCACAAGAUGCGACACGGAAACUACCAAACAGAUUUUCGUGCAAUUUGGAUCGGUUACUCCCAGUAUACUCAGCUAUCCAGGGAUGUGGUUUUUGUAUCGUUAUAUCAUGUAAAAAGUAUAUUUCUAAAAAUGUUGAAAAUUGUUAAUAUUUCUGGCCCGCAGAUAAUUGAGUUCAGUAGCCUGCUGAAACUCAAUUAUCUAGCCUGGCCCAGAGGAGGAGCUUCUACUGUAUAAAUUGAAUGCCUGUUGCUUCCAGUAAAUCAGUCUUGUUCCAGCAUUAAGCUUUGGCUCAUGUGUCGUGUUACGGUACCCUCAGCAUGAAAUGUACAAACCGCCGUUUAGUGAAUGCUCCCCAUUCGCAAUAACACAGGCUGCAUGUGUAUCCAGUAUAAUCAUGUGAACCGCAAGCAAGGGAACGCUGCAAACUCACGAACGGGAUCCAUACGGGCACUUCACUCCACGAGCUCCAGACUCACGAAUCGCCAAUAUUAGCCGAACACACACAGAAAACACAUAAAAAAAAUACAUAACUUUAUAUUUGUCGAAUGCUACCCAUUCGUAUCACAUAUCCCCAGAUAGCCUGGAUCUGAGUGCAUAUUAUUGGCGAAUAGCACUCAGAUCCCAUACGCAUAGUUAAAUCACCAUGGAGUCAAAGUCUAUUACAGUUCUUCGGUAUGCGAUUGACUCCAUGGGAAGGCUAUCUGGGGUAAGUCCAUUCGUGCAUUUAAACCUCCCAAACAGCCGGCGUUUGCCCACUUCUGUCGAUUGAGAAGGGAGGUCGGCGGCUUCAGCGGUGUUCGGCUGAAAAAGUGUCCGUUUUCAGUUCCAUGAAAUCAAUGCUGAACACCACUGGUCUUUCGCAUGGUUUAAAAUGGCCGCCGCCUCGUUGUCGACAUACGAACGACGACCACCCUGUAUUCGGUUUUAAUUGAGAAGUGUCUGUGAUUAACCGCAACGUUCUAAUUGGGAUCAAUAGGUUAACCAGCAGCACACUUCUCUUCUGGGUGGCCAUCCGUUCGGCAGUUUUGUUCGGCUGAAAAGUCAAUUCACGGAACAGGGGCUUACGAACGGGUAAUUUUGUGAAAAAAGCAAACAGACGAAUCCAGCACUCUUAGUCUAUACAGAUGGAUCUGUCACAUGUGGAUUAUUUGGCAAUACCAGCGAUCUUUAUUCCUGUGGAUUCUAGGCGAUACUCUGCUAUUGGGAAAAGGAAUACUAGACAGUGAUACCAGUUACUACCAUCACAAACAUGUUAACAUUGAGUAUUUCUAAACUCAGGACAAAAUUUAGAAACUAUUUAGCACAGGUGUUUUUUGGUGGUUGUAGAUGUGUAACAGAUUUUGGGGGUCAAAGUUAAAAAAAGUGUGAUAUGAUGAAAAUAAUGGUAUCUUUAGAAAGACCAUUCAAUGCCGAGAAACUGUAUAUAAUAUGUGUGGGGACAGUAAAUGAGUAGGAGGAAACUUACAGCUAAACACAGACACCCCAGAAAUGUAAAAACAGCCCUGGUCCUUAACGGUAAGGAAAUUGAAAACACUAAGGGGUUAAAAGAAAAAAGUUUAUUACUAUUAUUAUUUUUAACCCUACUUCUUCUGCCUCACUUCUCACAUUCUAAAAUACUUCAUUUUGCUGGUUACUGUACUGCAAUUUGAGCACAAACAGCACUGACAUUAACCAGACCUGAAAAACAAAAAUACUGCAUUAGAGGUAGACACCAAGCCAAAAAGAUAGUAAAUAUAUCACUAUAUGCCUGUCUUUUGUCUCCAUUUGUCUAUUUGUCAUGCAGUAAUUUAACUCGUUACAUAACUUAUAUUGCCAAUCUUUUGGAUUUUUAUUUCCUAUCGAGAAAGCUUGGAAAGAAAGUCCAUUUGCUAGGAGGUUAUUGUAUGUAUAUAGAAGCAUAUUAAUCCCUCUGUCCUGUUCUGUUCAUUAUGUAUCACUCAGUUUUAAAUAAAUUAGUGUAAGUGUGUGAAAUAACAUUAUUAUAGCCAAAGGCAUACCUAGGUUUUUUUUUUUUUUUGGUAAUGCUCCACUCCCAUUUGUGUGUAUGUGAACUUCCCUUGUAUGUCUCCUAUCCCCUUAACUUUUGUGUACCUUUUAACUCCUACCUAUUAUUUGUCUCUUAAUCUCUCCUUACUACAUUGUGUGACUCUUAACUCACCUUAUUGUCAUGUGUGUGUCUUUCCCCCCCUUACCCUUUGUAACGGACCGUUUUGCCCAAAAGGGGUUAAAAACCGUUUAGGCGAUAUUCCCCUUUUUCAGCUGCACAGACAGCUACUGCAAGCACCAAUCUCCCGAACUGCAUACACACGAACAGCUGCUAGCAGACGAACAGGAAAAGCCCCCAAGCGGCUUACACUCCUGGCAAUCAGUCUCUAACAGCAUACAGUAAAUCCUCCCCCAAUAAUGAGACAACACUUCACUUUGAGGGUUAAGCAGGAACUCUCCUGUAAUGGCCACACACUGGCUUUUAUGCAAGUCCCCAUGCAAGGGGACAUCCCACAGGGUGGGACACAGUACAACCAAUCGUUACAGGGGAACCGUAAAACACACCCACAAUUACAUCACAAUCCCUCCUCUCUGUCCUGGAGAUAAUUGGGAAGUAAUCAAAUUAUCUCCAAGGACAGAGGAAAAACUCCAUUAACCACAUGGCAGACAAAGGACAAUAAAAGACAUAAAAUUACAUACAGUUACAUUAAUCACAUAGAACAUACACAUUCUACAUAUCCCCAGAUAGCUUAGAUCUGAGUGCACAUUACUACGGAAUGGCGCUCAGAUCACAUAAAUACAGUUCAAUGGCCAUGGAGCCAGUGUCUUUGAUACAGUCUUUCAGCAUACGGCUGGGCUCCAUGGCAUAGCUAUCUGGGGUAGCAUGGCUUUAACAGUCUACAGAAAGGCACAAGUACGCUUUGCAGGGAAAAUAAAAGGUUUUAACUGCCGGGCCAUAGUCUAAAGGGAGCAGGCGAGCAACCAGGCUCCUCCAGUGGACAGUGGCGAGGCUGGUUUCGCCACAUUUCUGCCCUUUACCAUCCAGACUAACAGGGUAUCUGACCUCCUGUCGGUCAGUGCCCUGGUUAGUCCAGCAACCCACCCACAAAACAGAAUCUGCAGUAUAACCCACCCACCAGAAUUGGUUACUACAGCAGGGGUAGUGGGUAGUUUGUCCAUGUCCAGGAGCUCCACCUCGGCUCUGGGGGGUACUAGUGUUCCGGAUCAGUCGGUUGCUGAGUGGGCAGAGACCAGCGGUACUCUGCCCUGCUGCCAGCGCUACCACGGGAGUAGCCUGGUUGGAGCCCAGUUGAGGGAAUGGCGUAAUAGGCUCCUCACUCUGGACCUGGUACUGCUGCUGGAGGGCAAGACAGGAUGUCUCCCCUUUGGAUGAACAUCCCUGCUGCCGGGGAACAGGACCGACCGUCCCUAGCCCCUGUGAGGCAUGUGCAGAGACCAUGGUCCCAUCUGCACUGGUGUGGGGCUUAUCAUCUCCCCUUGGUGGGCUAGGCUGCCGUUGGGGAGAGGGGGUAGCAAGUUCCUCUCCCUUAUGCACUUUCUGUCGCUGGGGAGAGGGAAUGACAAACUCUUCUCCCUGACACUCUUUCUGCUGGUGGAGAGGGGGACCGACUGUCUCCCCUUUCAAUAUUUUGUCCUGCUGCUGGGGUGCGAGACCGACGGUCUCUGCUCCCUGCAGGACACCCUGACGCUGGGGAGGAAGGACGGCACCUUCAGCUCCCCGUAAGACAGACUGCCGCUGUGGAGGAAGGACGACACCUGCAGCUCCCUGUAACACACACUGCCGCUGGGGAGGAAGGACGGCACCUUCAGCUCCCUGGGACACACACUGCCGCUGGGCACUCUCCCAAUCUGCCAACUUAUGUGCCCGCCCUGCUCUGACCUGCAGGUACUCUUGUACAUGUCUCCUCACAAGCUGCACGCAUCUCUCCGGGGGGUUGGGUCCAAAGAAAGCCACCCGCGUGGUAAAUUCUCUGUCAUACUGCUCCUGAGUGUAGCUGGGUGCCAUGCUUGCCCUGCUGCCCUCCAUUUGUAAGUCCAGGGGAUGGUGUUACCUUGUAGCUGUCCUUCUGGGCUGUGGGAAUGAUCCCGUCGCUUGCCACCAAUUGUAACGGACCGUUUUGCCCAAAAGGGGUUAAAAACCGUUUAGGCGAUAUUCCCCUUUUUCAGCUGCACAGACAGCUACUGCAAGCACCAAUCUCCCGAACUGCAUACACACGAACAGCUGCUAGCAGAAGAAUAGGAAAAGCCCCCAAGCGGCUUACACUCCUGGCAAUCAGUCUCAAUCAGAGGCAAAACUCCAUUAACCACAUGGCAGACAAAGGACAAUAAAAGACAUAAAAUUACAUACAGUUACAUUCAUCACAUAGAACAUACACAUUCUACAUAUCCCCAGAUAGCUUAGAUCUGAGUGCACAUUACUACGGAAUGGCGCUCAGAUCACAUAAAUACAGUUCAAUGGCCAUGGAGCCAAAGUCUUUGAUACAGUCUUUCAGCAUACGGCUGGGCUCCAUGGCAUAGCUAUCUGGGGUAGCAUGGCUUUAACAGUCUACAGAAAGGCACAAAUACGCUUUGCAGGGAAAAUAAAAGGUUUUAACUGCCGGGCCAUAGUCUAAAGGGAGCAGGCGAGCAACCAGGCUCCUCCAGUGGACAGUGGCGAGGCUGGUUUCGCCACACCCUUGGUUUGUUUCUUAGCCUCUCCUAUCAUUUGUGUGUCUAUUAACCCUCCGCCCAACUACUUGAGUGGCUUGUGACAUUCUCUUCUUAUCCCCUGGAGAGCUCCUUUAUUCCUUUAUGGGGGAGCUCUUUAUCCCUAAUGUGUCAAUUCGCCCUCUUGUAGAUCUUUGAACCCCCUUACCUCUCGCAUGUCUGUUAUACUCUGUCCAAAAGGGACAGUCAUUGGCAAUGAAUCCAGAGCAAGGCUAUAAUUACUGAGUGAAAUGAAUUGGCCUGUUUUUUAAAUUUUUUUAUUAUUUGUGGAGCAUUGCAUAUCUGAUAAAACUAGAACUAAAGUAUUGUCACAUACGAAAUAGAGGGGGCCAAGUUCCUAUGCAUGCAUUUUAAAAGUGUCUUCGCUGGGUAAGUUCAAAAUGAAUCCAGCAUAAUCACUAACCACUCAAAAUACAUAGCAUAUGAAUGAAAAAUUAUUAGUAAAUAUAAUUUACUUACACCUACAUGAUGAACAAAAUAGAAGUAGCCAGAGGUAGAUCUCCAUAUGUCGUUAAAAAGCAUCAUUGGAUUUUUAAUUCAGCAACACAUGUAACUACUUUUAGGCCACUGCUGCAAUGUAUCAAAUGAGCCAAACAAAUAAAUGUUCUGCCCAAAAACACACUAUAUCUAUUUGCUAUUACUAUUUAUCAUCUUUACUGAAUCGUAAGUUGAAGUUCAUGACUGAUUGAGAAAAUGAUUUUCAAUUACAAAUAGAAAUAUCAGAAGGGUACAAAAUAAAAGAUGCUCUCAAAAGUAUGAAAAAACAGUUGUAUAUAGAUGGUACUUAGUUCCUAUUUACAUCAGACUUAUGCUGGAAACAAUGUGGGGAAAUUAGUAAUAUGUAUCAUAUUUGGUGGACUUUUAUUAAAUUAAAAUCAUUCUGGGAUUUUAUCCUCUCAUUAAUACGAGAUUGUCCCCACAAUCACAAAAUUGUCACCAAAAUUACGCUUAUUCAAAUUGCUUCCAAAUUUCUUAAACAAGGCCAAAAAAUUAGUUAUAUCUCAUAUUUUAAUAGCUGCUAAAUCCUUGAUACCCAGAUAUUGGAAAAAGGUUGCAUUACCAUCUAGAGGAGAAGUUAUAAAUUUUAUCAGAGAAAACAAAGAUUAUGAAUUUGCUUUAAGACCUCCUUCCAUAUUUUUAGCAAAUGUGAGUUAUAUAUGGAACAUGUGAUAUUAAAAAAUAAACAAAUAAUAUAGAGAGGUGGAUUUAUUUUCUCGGCAUGGAUACUUUAAAUUUUUAUUUAUUUAUUUAUUAUUAUUUUUUUUUCUUCUUGAUGUUUAACAUAUUUUUGUUGUCAUGUCCCUGAGCAGGUCAGAGAGGACACUAUUGCCAGGAUUAUUGGUUGAAAACUUGUCUUUUUAGACAUAACAAUUUACAUGAAAUAAAGAAUUAAGGCAAUAUGCCACAAACAGGAUACGUUGAGAGUAAAACAGAAUAAAGGCAAUAUGCCACAAACAGGAUGUCUUGAGAGUAAAUUAAUAAAGUCUUUUAUAUACAAGUAGCUUUGAAGUUAUUCCCAAAAAGAUUAAUAGUUUGUGGAAUGUCACACUGCAGCCAGGUUCAGGAUGAUACAGGGUUGAAAUAGUUAAAGCUGGUAAGUACUUUCAGUAUAAUAUAGUACAGGUUGCUUACAGGAUUAGGCAGAGUAGCAGUAAUUGAGACAGGUAAGUACUUCCAGAAUAAUGUAAUACAUGUUGCUUACAGGAUCAUGCAGUGUUGCAGCAGUUGAAGCAGUUAAGGAUCUUCAAUAUGGUAGAUCAAGUAGGUAAGUCUCUUAAGAUUGAAAUAAUUCAGAUAAAUACAGGAUGUUUUCAGGUGCCAGGAUCAGAAGUUCUAUGUCAGAACACUGACUUCAAUGUCAAGACACUGUUGUGUGCAGGGUGUAGACUUAUGAAGCCUCCUCAUUAUUCAAUAUAGGUGAGGAUGUUAAAGUGAGUGAAGAGAUUAGUGAAGAGAUUAGUGGCUAGGGAGGCCACUAGAGGUGAAGAUCAUGAAGUUAACUUAAAGGGCCAGUAAUAAAUGAGAAAAGCCUUGCUUGUCAGAUUAAAGGACCACUAUAGUGCCAGGAAAACAUACUCGUUUUCCUGGCACUAUAGUGCCCUGAGGGUGCCCCCACCCUCAGGGACCCCCUCCCGCCCGGCUCUGGAAGGGGGAAAGGGGUAAAAACUUACCUUUUUCCAGCGCUGGGCGGAGAGCUCUCCUCCUCCUCUCCGCCUCCGUUAAGCCCCGCCGGCUGAAUGCGCACGCGCGGCAAGAGCUGCGCGCGCAUUCAGCCUGUCGCAUAGGAAAGCAUUUACAAUGCUUUCCUAUGGACGCUUGCGUGCUCUCACUGUAAUUUUCACAGUGAGAAGCACGCAAGCGCCUCUAGUGGCUGUCAAUGAGACAACCACUAGAGGAUUAGGGGGAAGGCUUAACCCAUUCAUAAUUAUAGCAGUUUCUCUGAAACUGCUAUAAUUAUGAAAAAAUGGGUUAACCCUAGAAGGACCUGGCACCCAGACCACUUCAUUAAGCUGAAGUGGUCUGGGUGCCUAGAGUGGUCCUUUAAGAAUCUGACAUUCGUUUUCUGUUUGUUUUUUUUGUUUUGUUUUUUAAGAAUAAGAUAUUAUACGUGAUUAUCUCAAUUGUUAAUACCUUCCCUUCUUCCCCUCUAUUUUUUUUUUUUUGUUGCUGUUUUAUAUUGUCAAUAUUGCUUAAUUGAUACUUUCCUUUUAUCAUAUUAACAUUUUAUUUGGUAUUAAUUCUUUAUAGAUAUAUUGUAUUCUACAAAUUGUUUACAAUAGUGUUAUGUAAUUAUAAAAAAAAUUCAAUAAAAAAUAUUUUUAAAAAAUGUUCUACAUCGUCUUCAAGUCUACGUUCUUCCAUCAUGUCAAAUCAGGAAUGACAUAUAGAAAAUGCAUUUUAUGAUUCUGUAUGUGUCACAUUUAUAGAUAAAUCAAUAUAUACUUAAACUGUGAUUAAACUGCAUUCAAUUAUUUUUCAUAUAUACUGUAUAGAUUUUUCUCUAACCUUUCACUAAAGAGUAUAGCUAUGAGGUAUUUGGUUGGCACCAUAUAAAUGCUAAAAAUAUUUUUUGCCACAGGGGAGCAAUUACUGGAAGUACGAAAAUGAUCAAAUGGAGCCCGGCUACCCAAAGUUAAUAAAGGAUGGAUUCCCAGGUGUUCCAAACAAUCUGGAUGCUGCAUUUACUCAACCUGCUAUUGUAGUCAAAGGAGGCAAAGUUAUCAGAGAGGAAAGACUCUUCUUUAUUAAAGGUAUCAAAAACUAUACUAUAGAUGGGACUUUAGCUUAGGUAUUUACCAAUUGCAUUCUGAUGUGUUUUACAGUCCAUAAUUGUAUGAUUCUCCCCCCAUGUUAUCAGCGAAGUUUCAGUCGUAGUCUGAUAAGACUUGCAUAUAAGUCAAAUAAGCAAUUGGUUUCUAGAUGGUGAUAUCUUCUAACGAUUUACGAAGAGAUAUGUUUUGUAAUAAAUCAUUUUCUACUCACAUGUUACGUGUCUUUCCCUAAUUCUAGAUAAUGCAGUGUUAUCAGCUUCAGAAUAUAGGGAUAAUAUGUGUUGCAACAUGGAGACCAAGGGAUUGUAAGGCAAAUAAUUACUAAUAGACACACCUUCAAAAAUAUUUUUUCUUUUCUUCAUUUUUUAUUUAUUAUUUUUUUUUUUAAAUUUUAUUUUGUGGAAUUGCUUAAAUUAAUUCUGGGCGCACAGUCAGUCUAUGUUGGAGCACAUUUGGUUUAUUAUUAUUGCCAUUUAUAUAGCGCCAACAUAUUCCUUAACACUUUACUAUAUUAUAAGAGGGGGGAUUUAAUUAUAAAUAGGACAAUUACAAGAAAACUUACAGGAACGAUAGGUUGAAGAGGACCCUGCUCAAGCAAGCUUACACUCUAUAAGAAGUGGGGUAAAAAAACACAAAACGACAGGAAAUAGCAAUCAAAUAAAGUGGGAGUGAAGCAGAGCUGGAGGAGAGAGUAGAGUGCUGCCCUUUAGGCGAGAGCAAGAGACAGGUAUGUAAGGUAGAGGUUACUCUGAGAGGUAAAGAGAUAAGUUUUAAGGCAAGAAGUCCUGCAAGCAUGAGUUGGCCGUAUGGGUGUGAGCAACGGACAGGAGAAGGUCACGAACCGAGAAGGGGCAUACCUAUGUAUCUGUGAAGAGAUAUAACAGGUGCUAGAAUUGUUCAGUGCUUUAUAGGUAUGGAUUAGCACUUUGAAUUGACUCCUAUAGGAUACAGGAAGCCAAUGUAAGGACUGACAUUGGGUGAGGUGUGAGAGAACAGACUAAAGAGGAAAAUCAGUCUGGCGGCAGCAUUCAUUAGACUGUAGCGGGGCAAUACGGCUUUUGGGAAGACGAAUGAGGAGAGGGUUACAAUAUUCCAUGCGGGAAAUUACUGGAGCGUGGACAAGCUCCUUGGUAGCAUCUUGUGAAAGGGGUGGAUGUGGCUUAUGUUUUUAAGAUGGAAUCUACAUAAUUUGGCAACAUACUGGAUGUGAGGCCAGAAUCAAGUAUGACGUCAAGACAGCGCGCCUGCAAGAAUUUACUUAUGUGAAUACUACUAACUUGAAGGGAGAGCUAAAGAGUAGGAUCAGUAUUAGGAGGAGGAAAAAUAAGGUGCUCAGUUUUAGAGAGAUUUAGUUUCAGAAAGCGGGAGGACAUCCAGUCAGAGAUGGAAGAAAGGCAAGCAGUGACACGUUGCAGGACAGCAGGGGAGAGGUCUGGGGAAGAGAGAUAUAUCUGGGUGUCAUCAGCGUACAGGUGGUAUUGGAAUCCAAAAGAGGUCAUAAGUUUGCCAAGAGAGGCAGUAUAAAGAGAAAAUAGAAGGGGACCAAGGACAGAGCUUUGGGGGACUCCAACCGAGACAAGACGAGGGGAGAAUGGGUUAAGAGUUGUUUUGUUUUCAGGAUAGGUACUACAGAGAUAACAAAACAGAGAGUAGAGUCAGCGCUAAUCUGUUAGGAAAAAGAAAAAGGCAGCAGUCCCAGACAAGGACUCCCUCAAGUAUUCUUGUAAUAAAUAGACAAAAGCAAAUAAGUAAGGGAUGGGUCUGCACCAAUAAACAGGGUAAAUAAAUAAUAACAACAGUCUUGGUUGGGAUAGUAUUGAUAAAAUGGAGUUCAGUAGAGUAGAACUUGGAUCCUAUUUAUGGUCUCUGAAGUUGUGAUGUUCUGCUCGAUGCAGUAUCCAAAUAUAUAGAAGAAGGUGAUGGAUGAUGAAAAGGAUGAUCCAAAAUUGUAAAAAUAGGAGAGGUCUUACUUACAGUUGGCAGAGCUUAAUCCGGCUCUGGUGUGAAUGGCUUGCAGUGGUAUUAUCCCCGCUUGUAGGAUAUACGGUGAGUGUCCUCUUCUAUGCAGUGACAGACAACCAAGUGGGAGAUAAAAAUGGAGACAAUAAUGGUGCAGUAUGUUCCACAAGUAAAGUAAAAGAUGUUAAAAUAUAGUAGAUACACUCACAUUCGGUAGAGCUUCUACUAGCUCUAGUGUUGUAGGCAUACAGCGGUAUAAUCCCCGCUUGUAGGAUAUAUGAUGAGUGUUCUUGGAGAUGGUAUCAGGAGCUCAGAGAGAAGAUAAAACAGCAAUAGUGCUUUCAAUAAAAUAUUGUUGAUGUAUAAAAUAUAAUAAAAUAUACUCACAGUGUAUAGGGCAGACUAACUGCUCUAUGACAAGGGCAUAGGUGGUAUAAUCCCCACCUAGGAUUCUUUUUACAAAUGAAAUAAAAAAAAACAAAAUAACAAAAAUAUAGUAAUAUAAAAAGAUAUAUAUAUAUAUAUAAAUUGGUAAAAGUAUAUAAAUAUAUAAAAAGCCAGGUUGUAGUCAAAAGAUAAUGGUACAGAAGUAAAAAAUGACAAAAAUCUAUUUAUUAACAGUAUUUAAAAGCAGUACAAUAUCCAAACACAUUUCACCAUAUAGGCUUUAUCAGUGGAUAAAAAAAACUUUUCAACCUGGCUAGUUGGGGUACAUAUAGGUACGGAACAAAUUCAAAUUGGCGCCAAAAUUGCUCAAACCAAUCACAGAGCAAAUAAUUAUUGCACUUAAAUAACAACAUUUUGUGAUUAAAAUUGCAUAGAUAUAGCUUAUAAGGUACAAGUUGUAUAAUUUCAAUGUAAAAACGAGCGUUAUUGAAAGAGUAUGUUGGCAUUUUAGCCGGAACAAUACCGGCCGCUCGGUAUUGUGGGGCAUGUAGUUUGUUAGAAAACUACGUGCAUAUAUUACCUGCCGGCAGGGAAAUAUAGCCCCAUAUUAGGCUAAUAGAGGAGGGGAGUGGCCGAGGACCGGAGGGAGGGGAGUGGCCGAGGGUCGGCUGAAGAAGUGGCUGGUCACGGCGGCCAUCUUGGUGUGGGAAUAAGCUUAUUAGGAAAAAGAAAAAGGCAGCAGCGGCCAUCUUACAUGUGGCCAUCUUACAUGUGGCAAGAAGAAAUACAUAAUAAAAUGUGAAAAAAAUAAUAGUGUCUAUUUUAAAGUUGAUAAGAAAUUCUAUCAGACUGGUAGAAUGGAGGGGCAUAUAUACAGCCAGCAAAUAACUUGAUUAACCUUAAUAAUAAAUAGUAAAAAUAUAUGAACUUGUAUUGGUACACGGGAUUAAGGAAACACAGUUAGAAUUAAUAAAAGAUAAAAAUAAUAGUAUAAAUAGUUAAAAUAAUUAUAAAAUGUACAGAAAUAGAUAAUAAAAGGCAGAUAAAAUGUUAUAUAAAAUUAAAUAGAUCAAAAUCAGUGUUUAAACCAUCAUUGUUGUGGAUAGAAAAAUGUUUAGAUAUAGUGUGAUUUUGGUAUCCAUUAGUAAUAUUUCGACAGUGUUUUGAGGCUUCUUGUGGUCAUAUCCACGUAUUGAAGCCCGCAUGGGCAUUCUAGGAGGUAGAUUACGUUUUUAGUAGUGCAAGUAAUAAAAUCUUUAAUAUUAUAUAUUAUAUUUGUUUUAUUGGAUUGGAACAUUUACAUACUUUGCAGCAUUUACACUUGAAGAACCCUUUAGUGUUGGGUAGGAGACAGGAUUGUGUUUUUUUACACUCUCCCUAGUGAAGUUGGAGGUUAAAAUGGAUUUGAGCCUGGUAGCUCCUCUAAAUACAAUGUUCAGUCUCUCUGGUAUAAUUUUUUUCAAAGUAUCGUCUUGUUGUAGCAAGUGCCAGUGUUUAUUUAUAAUUUUUUUGACAUGAUUGCUUUUAUUGUUAAAAUUGAAAAUAAUAGGGAGAUUGGGGUGGUUAUCGGGAGUUUUUCUUUAUAGGUUAGGAGUUCUGUUUUUUCUUUGGUUCUAACUACAUCUAUAGUAUUGUUGAGAUUGUCUAAUGGGUAAUUUUUUUCAGUAAAUGUAUUUUUUUUUAAAUCAGCUUGCGUGUUAAAAUCUUCUAUCUGAGAACAAUUUCUUCUUAAAAAUUGGCUUUUUGGUGCACUCUCAAGCCAUGGCUUGUAAUGGCAACUUGAACGGUCAAUGGCUGUAUUUGUGCAUACUUUAAAAAAAAAAAAGGUUUUGUAUUUAAAAUACCAUCUUUAAUGAAAAUCUCUAAGUCUAAAAAAUAAAUGGUAGUUUUGCUAUAUUCACAAAUUAAAAUAAUUCCUCUGUCAUUGAUAUUGAGAUGGUUGAUGAAUGAGUUAAGUGAGUCUUCAGGGCCGUCCCAUAUAAAAAAGAGGUCGUCUAUAUAUCUAAAGUAGGUAACCAGGUUUGCCCGCCAGGCAUGCUCACCCCAAAUGGCAGUGGAUUCCCAAUCUGCCAUGAAGAGGUUGGCAUAGCUGGGGGCGAACCUGGUCCCCAUGGCUGUGCCUCGUUUUUGUAGGUAAAAGCAAUUAAAAAAACAAAAAUAGCUGGAUUAAGCUCUUCCAACUGUAAGUAAGACCUCUCCUAUUUUUACAAUUUUGGAUCAUCCUUUUCAUCAUCCAUCACCUUCUUCUAUAUAUUUGGAUACUGCAACGAGCAGAACCUCACAACUUUAGAGACCAUAAAUAGGAUUUAUUUACCCUGUUUAUUGGCGCAGACCCAUCCCUUACUUAUUUGCUUAGGUACUACAGAGGCAUGUUUAAGGUCCGCAGGGACAACGCCAGAGGAGGGAGAGCAAUUGAAGAUGUGUGUUAAGGAAGGCACAAGACAAGGGGAGAGAGAUCUGAUAAGGUGAGAUGGGACAGGAUCGAGCGGGCAAGUGGUGGGGUGAGAGGAGAGGCUAAGUGCAGCCACCUCUUGUUCAGUAGCCAGGGAUAAAGUCUGAAGGGUAGGAAAGGCAUGCUCUAGCUGCAUGUAGCGGACCCCUGGUAACCUGAGUUUAGGAACCCUUACGACAAGCAGGUAUCAAUUUUCUCCCCAGUAACUGGACACAACACACUGCUCUGGAGGUACAACAGGAAUGACUCAGUUUAUUUUGUUACACAUGGUUUUACAGACACAGACCCUUACAUGGGGUCUCCAACACAAAACAACAGGGAUUUUGUGACAGAUCCUUCAGUCUUGGAACUAUAGUGCUAUCCUGUUUGAUUCGUGUUAUUGCCUGUCCGUACUUCACGUUCGUUUAUUUUUUAAUCUACCAAAUAAACUACUGAACGGCCGGCAACCCAGAAGAGGAGUGUGCUGCUGGUUAACCUAUUGGCCUCAAUUAGAACAUUGUGGUUAACAGUAGACACCUCUUAAUUGGUGGUCAUCAUUCAUAUGCUGACCAUGAGGCGGCGGCCAUCUUAGAUGCACGAAUACACAGCAGUGUUUGUCAACAAACUUAUGGAACCCAAAACGGACACUUUUUCUCCCGAACACCGCUGAAACCGCCGACCUCCAUUCUUUGUCAUCCGGCAUACGAACACUGGUCCGUUCUGGACUUUUAUUUCAUGAAUGGACUUAACCCAUAUAGCCAUCCCAUGGAGCCCUUCGUAUACUAAAAGAACAGUGUGAAAGACUUUGGCUCUAUGGUGAUUGAACUGUGUGUAUUGGAUCUGAGCGCCAUUCGGUAAUAAUGUGCGCUCAGAUCUAGGCUAUCUGGGGAUACGUUCUAUGUACUGAAUACAUUUGGUAGUUUUACAGUUAUGGGAUUUCUUCCCAAUCAUCUCCAGGAUAGAGAGGAGGGGUUUGCUUGUACCAAGGUUUAUGCCUGAGUCACUGUGAUUGGCUAAUGUACCAUACUUGUCCCAGUCUUCCAUCUGGUCCCCUAGGGGAGUGUCCACCAGGUGGGAGACCUGCAUAAAUACCGGGCAUGUAGCCCUCAAUAAAUCAGAUUCCUGUUUUACCCUCAAGACGGAGCUUGGUCUCGUGUUUGGGGGGAUUGCUACUUUGGAGUAUUAUUUCGCCUGUUCCAGGAGAGGAGGAGUUCGUAUGAUUGUCCAUUCUGAAGUUUGGAGCUUUCCCUUGUAUUCAGUUUGGGAGUUUGGCGGUCUACAGUAAUUGUACCUGUGUCUCUAAAAGGGGAAGAUCUACUAAACGGCGGUUUCACUCAUUUAUGCUGGGAGUAUCUUAACAGAUUUCAAUACCAAGAAGCUGAAGGGGGAGGGAGGGAGGAAGGGCAAAGCAUCUAGGUUAAACUGGGCUGGCAGGGUCUCUGUGGCAAUGUCCUGCUGUGACAGGAAAAUGAAGGGGGAAGGGGAGAGAGGUACAGGCAGACACUACAUUCACAAAUGAAGGGGGAGGGGGAGAGGCGUAGAGCAAUACAUUUCACCCCCUUUUGUUGAUCCACAGCUACAUGUACAGGCACAAUACAAGAAAGACAUAGAAAUAAAAGUGGGAACACAUAAUGCAAGGGGAAAACACACGAAUAAGCAGUGGGCAUGGUCAGUGGUGUAUUUUGGAUAUGUGCUGCCCUAGGCAUGUCAAAACUUGGGUACCCCCCACCCUAUCUAAAUUUACCCCGCCCCUACCUGUUUAAGACGAACAUGCAGUUUGACUGACAGACACACUCUGACACACCCAUUCACUGACAAGCACACUCUCAGAUUCACACACAUUCACUGGCAGACACACACACACACAGUCACUGAAAGACACACACAUUCACGGACAGACACACACAUUCAUGGACAGACACACACACAAACUCUGAUACUGACACAUUCAUACACUUACAAAGUAUUAUAGAUAUUUUAAAAAUGUUAAUUUGAAUCCACCCAGCCUCCCUACCUUUGGGAGAGCUGAAGUGGAUUCUUACCCUGAGGUCCAGUGGAGCUGGCUGGUGGCUGGCUGGUUGCUGCUCUGCCUGGGCUGGCUGGCUGCUGCUCUAGCUGGGCUUGCUGGGCGGCAGGGCAUGCAGGCUUUCAGUUGUGGCAGCGAGGGAGUUGUAAUCGUCCUGCUCAACUCCCUCGCUCGCCGCUCAGUGGAUGCUGGGAGCUGGGUGACAUCAUAUCCCAGCUUCCAGCAUCACUACGGGGUGCGAGGGAGCUGAGCAGGAAGAGCUCAGAGGGCACCCACCCUCCCCCCUGGCCACACUUAGAGCAUAUUAAAGCCUCGGGGGGGCCCUGAGGUGGCCAGAUUACUUGCAUUACUGAUGUUUAGUCUGUACUGUGAGAAUUCCUUACAUUACAGAAUACAUGCCUCUGUUUUUAUUGGCUGCAAAAGGUACAUUUCUUUCAGAGACUGGGAAUUUGAAACAUGUUGAAAUGUGAGAGGGGGGUGGCUAAGGAGGCUGGGUUACACUGCUGAAAAUAGAAAAACAUUUUACAGCACUGAAUUGAAAGAAAGGAAACUAACCAGAGGUAUUUUGAGCUUAUUAGCUUUAAUUUAAGCGAAACUUGCUUAGUUGCCUGGAGUAUACCUUUAAUAAAGCAGUUUUUGUGUAUAGAUCAUACCCCUGCAGUCUCACUGCUUCAUUAAACAAAAGUUGUUUUGGUGACUAUAGUGUUCUCUAACGGCCGCCAGUUACUCCCUGUCAGUAGGUGGAUGGUUUUAAACAGUGACAACUUGCUUAAAGUAGUGACAGGUACUUAGAAAGUAGUGGCUGGCCUGAUUAGAAUUGUGACUCUAUGGAGACCACAAGCCGGCCGGGGUCCUCCGCUAGAGCCGUGUGUGGCAUCCACACACACUGCAUAAAGCUUGAUAACUUUACAUUCUGAGCUGGCUGCGUGCCCACAUCGUGUAAUUAAAAGUGCUGCUCGCAGUGCAAGCACACUCUUAAUGGGCAGGUAGUUUCAGGCUCCCAUUGAUCCACGUCAUUCCGGUGCACCCUAUUGUGUUUUUUGUCCCAGUACCCUUUAAUGCGUUCCUUGACCUAUUGUAUUGUAUUCCUGUAUUGACCUUGACUUUGUUCCGGACUCCAUGUUUAUCUUUAACUCUUUCCUGUGUUGCUUGUCUGUCUGACUGAUUACCGUGUACCUGACUAUGGCUUGUUCUCAUUUUCGCAUUCUUUUGUCUUUCUGUUACCCUGACCUUUUCCUCUGUUUACUUUAAGGCCGGCCAUUCCAGGGCCCAGUUAUACAUUUUGUUAUUUGCUGUCCUGAAAUCUGCGUAUUGGGAUUUCACAUCGUGACACCAACAGACCUACCUUGAUGUAUGAAAUUUAAUCCCCAUAUGAGUGGUUGUUUGAUCCCUUUACGUUCUUGAACAAUCUUAUUUUACAUUAAGCAUGAACAAAACAAAUCUAUUGAUUAUUCUGACAAUGCAGCUAAAAUUACAUCUGCAGUUAAAUUUCAAACUAAAUAAUGUACAAAUAAUUUAUUAGGAGUUAGUUUUUUGAUUGAUAAAACAGAUUAUGUUAAUCCAUAAGGUUAUUGCUAACAAAAUAAAGGUUGUUGAUAUUACUGUGUGUAUGAAAAGAAAAGAAAUUGAUCCCUGCAUUGGGAAAAUUUUGUAAAACAUACAAUUCUGUUAAAUUUGAUGUAGAAAAUAGACAAGAUCAGAAAUUGAGCUGAAGUGUUUAUACUGUCAUGUAUGAUACUGGGGAUUUUUUGUGCAUUAAUAAAGUUUUGUUUUGUUUGGUUUUUUUAGGAAAAAAGUUCUUCUUAUAUGACCCAGUAACUGGAAAUAGCUCCAGUCCUCAGUCACUUCAAGAAAACUGGGUGGGGAUUAAGUUGCCAAUCACUGCAGCACUAAGCUUAAAGAAUGAGAUGUUCCUCAUUGGCAAGAAGACAUUUCAGAAGAUCCUUUUGCUGACAUAUACCCAGGAUAGAGUGUUUGGCAACAUACACCAGCAAAAAAAAAUAGAUCAACUUCUUGCUUGUGAGUCUACAAAAGCUUAGAGAUAAUAGAAUCUCCUACAUUUAUAUUAUAUUAAUUAUAAGUGCACAUCUCAUAACAUACAGAACUGACAAAUAUUGAUAAACACUGGAACUAGAAUAUAUUUUGAAAGCAAAAAUGUAGAAAUCAUACUGUCUUUAUCCUUUGUUAAAUAUGCCAACAUGCACAUGUAUGUUUGAUGCUAUUAUUUGAAUAUAAAAAUGCAUAUCCCCAUGCAAGUGAAUAAAGACAAAUUUUCUGAAUAAAGAUGAAAAUUGAUAAUUGGGAUGUCUUACGUGGGAGCUAAUGUGCAUAACAACAUACAUAAAAAGUGACAGACACAUCAAUCAAAUAGUUUAAUGUAACAUAACUGAAAG